CCCACAGCCAACAGCCAUAUCCACAGCUUUAGUGCUUCCAAUAAUUCAGGAAUAAUAUCCAUCAUGAACUUCAACAAGAUCUUCGUUUUUGUGGCCCUCAUCCUGGCCAUUAGCUUGGGCCAGUCGGAGGCAGGUUGGCUUAAGAAGCUUGGCAAGAGGAUUGAACGCAUUGGACAGCACACUCGUGAUGCCACCAUCCAAGCCCUGGGAAUUGCUCAACAGGCCGCCAAUGUGGCAGCCACUGCCAGAGGUUGAGGAUGAAAUAUCCUUGAGAGAACUCUCCUAGGAUAACCUGCUUAAUUAUAAACACUUAUUUAUUUGCAAUCACAUAGAAAUAAACCAUGUUAGAAUUUACAACCCCGUAA